AUGAUCAGCAGGAAGCUGCUCUUAUUGGUCGGCCUCUUCCUGUGGGAGGGGUUUGGCAGGGCCGGCACCAUGGCAAAGGUGUUGCGCAGGAGAGGGGCAGGCGCCCAGCACGGCCCCAAGUCCGAGGCUAAAGUGUUGGCGGACCAGUGGGAUGGCGGCCUGGAGAAAAUCGGUAUGGCAACACGGAACCUGAAGGACCUGAUCGUCCGUGAGCAGGCGGAACACGGCGAGCUGGCUGUGAUGAGGAAGCUAUCGCAGAAGCGAGGGGAUCGGCCCCUGCUCGCGAGGCGGGAGGAGGGCCAGGGCGGCUUCUUAGGGGUGGUGAAACUGGACCCGCUCAGACUGGAGGGAUUGGAUGGAGGAGCGUCGGCUGGUGCGCACGGCCUGCUGGCCAGCAGCAACGAGGCGGCGCUGGAAAUGAAGAAGAGCCACAAUGGCAACAGAAGUGUGGUGUCCGCUGACGGUUUCCCCAAACCUGCGAGAUCCGAUAAAGUCCUGGCCGUUCAUCAUAAGACAGACUUUGGCCAGCACCCAAACAGAACCCGAACCAAGCCCCCAGCCAGACCUGUUGUCAAGCGGCCCGCUCAGACCCCCAGGGACCUGCCACUGGACUCGCCCAAGAAACUGAACCUGACGGGCGGGCUGCUGUCCAAGGACAGCCUGGUGCGCAUGGUGAACUCCCAGCUGCAGGGCGGCACGGCGGCUGGCCUGAGCUUCCAGGCAAGCAAGGGCAGCCGCAGCAGGAAGAGAGACCUGAUUGAUGUGGAUCACAGCGUGUCCGCCUCCUCCACCAAAGCGAGGCGGCAGGAUCGGGCCGUCGGCUCUGAUCUCUACGGCAGCUCAGACAAUCAAACGGAUGAGCCUCGCCAGGGCCUUGCCGUCUCACACACAGCCCUCAAUGCCGAGCAGACAGGCCGAGGCAGCAGCAGCAGCAGCCUUUGGAAACCUGUCAGCGAACUCACCUCCGACUCCCUCACUGGGUGGCCCAAUGAACGACUGACCUCGCCAAAAGGUCAACUGGCAGACAUCCUGACCACCCAGUGGGACGCGUUCCUGGGCUACGGCCACACACAGGUGAUGCUUCACGGCGGCACCCCGAAUGCACCCCAACGCACCGCUGACAGCGCCUCCUCCUCUGACUACACCCUGGACCCCUGGGGGAUGGAGUCCAGCGUGACCCAGGACCCGGUGUGGGGGGUGGUGGCGGAGCGGCCCAACAGCAGCCAUAUUCUAAAGCUGCGGCCAGCUGAGACCGAUUGGGGAACGGAGAAGAUGGCGGCCGGUGACGGGACAACUGGGCAAGGGCUGAUGUUCGAGGAAGUGGACAAUGAUGAUGAUGAUGAUGAUGAGAGAGUCCACAACGGAGGAGGGGGGAAGCGUUCCAGAAGCCGACGGAGCUGGAUCUGGAACCAGUUCUUUGUGAUCGAGGAGUACACUGGCCCAGAACCUGUGCUCAUCGGACGGCUCCACACUGACAUGGACAGGGGGGAUGGCCGCACCAAGUACAAGCUGCGGGGCGACGGCGCCGGCUCGGUGUUCGUCAUCGACGAGAAGACGGGCAACAUCCACGUCACCAAGCCCCUGGACCGCGAGGAGAAGGACGAGUACCGCCUCAUCGCCACGGCGACCGACCGGCAGACCGACCGCGCCUUGGAGCCCUCGUCCACAUUUAUCAUCCGGGUGCAGGACAUCAACGACAACCCGCCCGUCUUCGAGGAGGCCCCGUACAGCGCCACCGUGCCCGAGAUGGCCAACAUUGGCACCUCCAUUAUCCAGGUGACAGCCACUGAUGCGGAUGACCCCACCUAUGGAAACAGCGCGCGGCUGGUCUACACGCUCGUGCAGGGCCAGCAGUAUUUCUCCGUGGAUCCCCAGACAGGGAUUCUUCGUACUGCCGUUCCUGACAUGGACCGUGAGACCCAGGAUCAGUACCUGGUGGUGCUGCAGGCCAAAGACAUGGGCGGACACCUCGGAGGACUAUCGGGAACCACCACAGUCACCGUUCACCUGAGUGAUGUCAACGACAACCCUCCUCGCUUCUCACAGAACAUGUGGUCAUUCUCGGUGUCAGAGUUGGCCGUGCCAGGGGCGGAGGUGGGCCGCAUCUCGGCAACAGACGCGGACCUGGGCGAGAACGCCAGGCUGGAGUACGCCAUCCUGGAGGGCGACACGGGAGACAUAUUCAACAUCACCGGCAUGAACCAGCAAGCCGUCAUCAUCCUCAACAAGCCGGUGGACUAUGAGAGCCGCAGCUCCUACUCCUUCUCGGUGGAGGUGAUGAACCCCAUGGUGGACCCGCGCUUCCUCCGCCGCGGCCCCUUCAAGGACCGCGCCUCCAUCCGCGUGGCCGUGCUGGACGCCGACGAGCCGCCGCGCUUCUCGCGCACGCGCUACCGCCUCGAGGUGACGGAGAACUGCCCGCCCGCCUGCACCGUGGGCCGCAUCAGCGCCGUGGACCCCGACACCGGCCUCAACACCAACAUCAGGUUCUCUAUUGAUCCCCAGUCGGACCCGGAGGCGCUGUUCCACAUCACCCCAGAUACGGGCCUCAUCACCACGGCAGCCGAGCUGGACCGAGAGCGUGAGCACUGGCACAACAUCACCGUUAUCGCCAUGCAGAGAGACAGUCCAAGUCAGGUGUCCAGGGUGGUAGUUGCCAUAGAGACACUGGAUCUGAACGACAACGCGCCUGAACUGGACCGCCAGUACUCAACGGCUGUGUGUGACUCCACAGCCGCAGGGCAGGUGGUGCAGGUGUUGCGGGCGAUUGAUAGAGACGAAGGGGGGAAUGACAGCACCGUCCAUUUCAACAUCCCUCCAGAGUCCAGCGCUGCCCUCAAUUUCACCAUUCGAGAGAGCGGAGGUCCCACGGCGAGCCUGGUGCUGGCGUCCCCUCUGCAGACGCUCUCCCGCUCGGCGUCCUCGUCCCUGACCCUGCACGUGCCCCUCAUCCUCAGGGACGGCGCCUCGGGGAUGACCAACACGGGCACGGUGACGGUGACAGUGUGCCCGUGCCUGCGCGGCGGGGCCCGAGCGGGCGAGAAGGAGCGGCAGCCCUCGGACGGCGAGUGGGAGCGUGAGGCCGUGUGCCUGCCUCAGCCGUCCUCCUCGCCCUCGCCAGGGCUCAGUACCGCCGCCCUGCUGGCCAUACUGGCCUGCGUCGCCACGCUGCUGGCCGUCAGUGCUCUUUCGCUCUCGCUGCGCCGCCAGAAGCGUGACUCGCUGUCGCCGCUGGAGGAGGAUGACGUGCGGGAGAACAUCAUCACCUAUGACGACGAGGGCGGCGGCGAGGCGGACACGGCCGCGUUCGACAUCGCCGCGCUCCAGAGUGCCCCCCACGGGGUGAGGAGAGGGUACCGCACCCUCGACAGCCGGAACAUUAGAUACUCGCAGCAUGCGCAGGACAAGAGCCGCACCUACAGCUGGGCCCAGGCCGGGGGUCCAGGGGCGCUGGAGCCCCAGUACUCUGCCGCCGUGGCCCCCCUCUACGGCCGCCUCUGCUACAGCAGUCAGACGCUGCCCGUGCUGCGCCGCGGCCAGGGCCCGCUCGAACCCGGCGUCGCCGCCGAGCUCGGGUACCGCAUCCCCGGGGGCCCGCUGGACCACUCGCUGGUCAUCCAGAACCAGGGGGCCAUGGUGGGCACGCUAGAGCCGGGCAUGGUGUACGGAGAGGCCGGCGGCGGCAGCUUGAGCCCCAGGGACGGCACGGUGUCGCAGGAUGGGGCGACGGCGUCGGAAGGUGGAACGCCGCGGACCAACGACAGCAAGGAGAGGCUCGGAGGAGAGAUGGGAACAGACUCCAGCAGUGAUGCCCAGCAGAGCCAAGACUUGGAUUGGGUGCAGCCUGAUCAGCACGGCAGCGUGCGUGAGCAGCAGCAGACGCUGGUCCUGACCCGCUCCGGCUCUCUGGCCGGCACCGCCACGGGCAUCGCGGCCGGCGGCUGGGUGUGCGACUCCGCCACGUUGCCACUGGCCGGACGCAGGGCGUCACGCUCCGGCCUCUCGCCGAAACGAGGAGGAGGAGGUGGUGGCGGCGGCAGCAUUGCAGGAGGCCCCUCGGAGCCCGCCCUGGACACCGUGGGAAACAAGGAGAUCCACACGCAGUCGCUGAGCCGCAACUACGCCACCGUGGUGCCCGUGGAGGCGCACAGGGACUACGCCGCCACCCUGGGCCGGGCAGGUGGCCUGGAGAUGGGCAGCGGCGGCUUUGUGGUGGCGGCGCGGCCGGAGAGGGAAGGGGGCAUCCCGCUCUCGGGGACGCCGGGCGGGGGCCUGUACCCGGACGGAGCGGCGUUCAUGGCGGACUGGCGGGAGCGGGUGGGCAUGGGCGGAGGAGGAUACGUGCUGGGCCGCCGGGAUAUGACUCCCCAGCUGCUGCCCUAUCCCGGGCAGGGCCGGGGUGGGGCAGCGGCUGCUGCUGCUGCUGCCUACGGGGCGGCAGCGGUGUUGGGGUACGCCAGUGGUGGUGGUGGCGGCGGCGGCUGGGGGUCAGGUCACGAGGUGGGCAGGGCGGCAGCGUCAGGUGGCGGUGGCGCAGGCGGCGCCGGGCACUCCCUGGCCGUGCGCGUGGGCGAGUUCCUGCGCUUGCGCCUCGCCCAGGUGACCUUCGACCCCUCUCAGCCGCCGUACGACUCGGUGCAGGUGUACGGCCUGGAGGGCACAGGGUCGCGCGCCGGCUCCCUCAGCUCGCUGGAGAGCGAGAGCGACAAGGAGCGUGAGAGGGAGGAGUGGGGCAAGGGCAUGGAGGACUGGGGACCCCAGUUCCACAAGCUUGCCCAGCUGUUCCGAGACCGCGACCGCGAGAGCGAACAGGGAGGAGAGAAGAGCGAGAGGGAGAGAGAGAGGGAUAAGAAGCAGGGGAAAGACGAAGAAGAGGAAGACGAGAGGGCGAGCGACGAGGGGAAGAAGGACUAA